AUGCAGCAAGUCAUUGCUUCUAUUAUUAUUGAUGCUCAGGCUGGUUUUAUCCCGGGAAGAAAGGUGGCAGAUAAUAUUAUUCUUGCACAUGGUCAAAAAGUGAAAGCCUACACAAGAAAACAUAUCUCAGCAAGAUGUAUGAUCAAGGUGGAUAUCCAAAAGGCUUAUGAUACUGUGGAUUGGAGAUUUCUGCAUCAAGUCAUGGAAGGGUUGGGAUUCCCUCAGAAGUUCUUGAAGUGGGUACAUGAAUAUGAUCUUUUGCUAUAUGUAAGGGGUGAUGCAACAUCUGUGGCCUUAUUACAUGAGAAAUUCAGCAUCUUCUCAGCUGCAUCAGGCUUGCAAGCAAAUCUAAACAAGAGUGCAGUAUACUAUGGAGGAGUGACAAAUACAGUAAAGCAGGAGAUACAGACCAUAAUGGGAUAUACUGAAGGAACACUACCCUUCACUUAUCUAAGAGUGCCACUCUCAAUUAGAAAACUGAAGAUUCUGGAAUGGCAACCACUCAUCAACAGGAUUGUAUCCAAGGUUUCCUCUUGGACAGCCAAGAAAUUAUCUUAUGCAGGGAGAGUGCAAUUGGUGAAAUCAGUGUUAUUUGGCAUUCAGUCCUACUGGGCACAAAUGUUUAUACUACCAGCAAAGGUGAUGAAAACAAUUGAAGCCUAUUGUAGGAGCUAUAUAUGGUCAGGGACAAAUGAGAUAACUAGGAAAGCAUUAGUAUCCUGGAGUAGACUAUGUCUCCCGAAAACAGUAGGUGGGCUCAACAUUACUAAUUUGAAAAAUUGGAACAAAGCAGUUGUUACAAAGACCUGUUGGGACCUGGCUAUCAAGAAAGAUACUCUAUGGAUAAAAUGGAUCCACUCCCAUUAUGUGAAAAACCAAAAUUUUGCAAUCAUGCCACUGCCUCAACAUGCUAGCUGGAUGGUUAAGAAGAUUUUGAAGUCAAGAGAUCAAUUGGUGAGCUGCAAAAUAAUACUCAAGGCAAGAAGAGUCCAUUAG